ACGGUGGAUCAAAGCUUGCGAGCCCUACCACCACCACCGCCUCGCCCUCCACCCUCUCCUACUCGUUUACUCUCUGCACGCGCUCACGGCUGACUGUUGCUCUGUGCUUGCCGGAGCAGCAGGAUGGGUGUGCAUGCGUUCCAAGCAGCGUGCUCUCCCUCUUCGGACUGCAAAAGGACAGCGGUCAGCAUACAGACCGGAAGCACAAACUGACUCUGCAGGGAACAAGGGAGAAAAAGAAAGUGGAAACCCAGGCUUUGUUCAGUCACAGUUCCGGUAGGAGGAGUGCCAGUGGAGGGGCUAAGUGAUGUGUGUUUGCUGAGUCGUGUCGGCCCGCCCUCCCCAUCUCCUGUGCUGGUCCUUCCUCCAUGAGAACAGAGAGAUGACCAUGCACGGCCGCUGGUUACACAAUGUCCUGGCCAUCAUUUUCUUCCUCCUGUUCUCUGCAGCUCUUUCAGCCCACUUCAGGAUGUGCGAGCCCUAUUCAGACCACAAGGGACGCUAUCACUUCGGCUUCCACUGCCCCCGUCUCUCUGACAACAAGACCUACAUGUUUUGCUGUCACCAUAACCACACAACCUUCAAAUACUGUUGCAGUGAGAAAGAGUUCCAAAGCAUCAUACAGCUCAACAUCACUACCAAUUCUGAUGGCAUUGCUCACAACAAUUACACUGCUCUCAUUGGCGUAUGGGUUUACGGUUUCUUUGUCAUGGUCCUGCUGGCUCUGGACUUCCUGUACUACUCAGCCAUGAACUAUGAGGUGUGCCGAGUCUACCUGGAGAAGUGGGGAUUGGGCGGCCGUUGGCUGAAACAGGCUAGGAGCAAUUGGCACAGCACAGCAGUGGAUCAGGAGUUAGAGCUGAGCACUGCAGCUGCUUUGAGCCACGACCCCCAACAACACCAUGAUCCCAGACAUGGUCUCAGAGGAGAGGCCCAGAGCCCCACCCUCAUGACCUUCCAGACCUCCACAGCCUGAUACUUGAAAUGUGACUUACUAUAAUGGACUUUGCUUAAAGAGCCAUGGAGGAAUGGUCAUGCCCUUCUGGAACCCCACUCUUAGUUCAGUGUCCCCUCCAUGGCUCUAUCAAUCUUUAUGAUGUGGAUGGUGUGCUCCAGCACUGAAGGCUCCUCUCCCUACUCUCAUGACCAGCAAGGAGAUUCCAUCACCUGCUCACCUCCAACUCUGCAGAAAGAGUGCUGUGGCCAUUCCACUGUGGAGUUUACUGCAGUAAACAGCAGCCUGCACAUCUGGGGAAGCUUACUGGGUAAAGCUUCCUGUCUUCUAGUCUCUUCAACCAAUGAAACAGGGUUAAGCUCUUUUUCGAAGAGAAAAGUUAGAAUUCUAGAUGUCCCCCUGCAAGCAUUUUGUCUACCUUGCCUACCAAGACCUGACGUUUCCUAAAGCAGAGGAAGAAUUAUUUAUUACAGCUGCAACUAUUGUACCAUCUCAGUAGUGCUUUGAAGAGUUUAAAUAUGAAGGUGACUAGAGAGAACAGAUUCAAGACUAACUUAAACUAGUUAAAAAGUGCAUUUAAUUCUAUAGUUUACACCUUCUUGCUUUACUUUAUGUUAAGACAGCAAAAUAAAUUGAUUGGGUUAAAACAUGGAUUGAAAAAUUCGAUCUGGUGUCCAAGCACUCAAUGGUACUUGUAAUUUUGCAAUAUAUUGAAGUACUUUUAACUACUGAGGUUGAGUGUGUCAGAUAAAGCAAUAUAUAAUGGUAGUAGAUGUUGGAUUUUACCUGUGUGUGUGUUCCAUAUCUAAUACCUAAUAAUGUGGUAGAGCGUUUUACUUUAGCCAGACAAAGCUAUUCGCCUGACAGACCCCUUAGUGGAUAUAAAAUCCUCACAGUAGUUUUGUUUCCCCUGUGGAAAAUGUGCACUGACUAAAUGUGUGUGAUUAAGAAUAGGUAAGGCCAGGCUAGUUAGGCUAGUUAGAGCAUAGGCGUUAACCUGCAAUAAUGGACAGUAUUGUGUUAUACUGUAUUAGAAAGAGACCUUUUGUGAUCACAUUUUUUAGUGUUCUGGGGGAGUCUAAGUUUUCCUAACUGGAAGACACUCAACAUGGCAGUAACUGCUACUGGUCAUUGUAUAAGUUGCCUUACAGUAAGUCUAUAGUGCACACCUAACGUGUUGCGUAGUGAUAGACACCGCACUGCAGGCAUAGUAUGUCAGUGCACCUAUUCUUUGUGUGGUUUUACAACUGCAUAGGGUGUGUGGAUGCAGUACCGCUGUAAUUGCACUUAUUAACUUUUUAUUGACA